AACCAUAUAAUAUUAAUUUUUUAUUAAAAACAAAGCCUUAUUAAAUCUAGCCAUUUCCAAAUUCGUCGCACUCACCAAUUCCCAAUUUCGCAAAUCUAAAAACCCUCGAUCUCGGAAUCCGAUGGCUGGAAUGUUCUCCGCCGUGCGGCGAAUCUACCUCACCGCCUACAACUGGACGCUCUUCUUCGGCUGGCUCCAGGUGUUCUACCUCGCCGUCUCUACUCUCCUGAAUUCCGGCUACGAAUCGGUCUACGCCGCCGUCGAGAAGCCGCUCAUCCUCGCGCAGUCAGCCGCGCUGCUCGAGAUCCUCCACAGCCUCGCCGGAAUCGUCAGAUCUCCGGUCACCGCCACUCUGCCGCAGGUCGCCUCGCGGCUGUACGUGACCUGGGGAAUCCUGUACAGCUUCCCCGAAAUCCGGACGCAUUUCUUCGUUUCGUCGCUGGUGAUUAGCUGGUCGAUUACUGAGAUAAUUAGGUACUCGUUUUUCGGAUUGAAGGAGGCGUUCGGAUCUGCGCCGUCGUGGCUGCUGUGGCUGAGGUACAGCACGUUUCUGAUGUUGUACCCUACCGGAAUCACGAGCGAGGUAGGGCUGAUCUACUACGCGCUGCCGUAUCUGAAGGAAUCGGGGGACAAAUUCAGCAUCAGGAUGCCGAAUAGGUGGAAUUUCUCGUUUGAUUAUUACUGUAGUGCGGUGUUGGUUCUGGGAUUCUAUGUUCCUGGAAGUCCUCAUCUCUAUGGAUACAUGUUGGAGCAGCGGAAAAAGGCGCUCGCCAAAGCGAAAACGGCGUGAUUGGGAUCUGAUGAUGAAGAUUUUUAUUGUGGUUUAACCUCUGUAAAAUUUGAUUUUGUGGUAUGGAUUUAGUCUGAUUUGUAUGGAAACUAGUGUUUUAAUUUUUUAAUCAUCAAUUCAUCCUUCUCUUUGUGGUUA